AUGGUAUCAUGCUUUACGCCGAUAGCAUCGACGCCGACGGUAUCUACGCCGACGGCAUCGACGCCGACGGUAUCUACGCCGACGGCAUCGACGCCGACGGUAUCUACGCCGACGGCAUUUACGCCGACGGCAUCUACGCCGACGGAAUCUACGCCGACGGCAUCUACGCCGACUAGCAUCUACGCCGACGGCAACUACGCCGACUAG